AGUAGUAAGCAACAGUCCCUCGAAUAGUGUGUUUGUGUAUUGGCAUUAUGAUCUGUAUCUAUUUAUUCGUCGGUUUAUUUAUUCAAAACUUGGUCACCGCACGGCUUGAUGAUUUAAGUGAUGUUACAAGAAAUGAUUUGAACGAAAAUGAGCCUCUUCAACUUCAAGUAUUCGAUUUGUUGGAUUAUUUGGAAAGGAUAAAAGCAGCUAAAGAAAAUGACUCAGUACUAUUACAAGUGUACUACGAGUGUUUAUGUCCAGGGUGCAGACAAUUCUAUACGGAGAAAUUAAAACCUGUCAUAGAAAAGCUUGGACAGUAUAUAAAUAUCAAGACCUAUCCUUAUGGAAACGCAAGGACAAUAAUUGAUGAAAAUGGUAAUUACAAAAUUGAAUGCCAACACGGGCCACCGGAGUGUUACGGCAACAAGCUGCACGCGUGUGCAAUAAAUUUGUUGCAGAAUAAAACUCAGGCAUUGUUAUUUAACGCCUGCUUGAUGACCCAGAGGGGAGACAGCCGUGGUUCAGACGAUAAGGCCGCUGACGCGUGUGGUACCGAACUAAAUUUGGAUGCAAGCCCAGUUAAAGAAUGUGCGAAAAGCAACAAAGGCGAUGAACUAUUAAAAUAUUAUGGUGAUGAAAGUAAAAAGCAGAAUUUCAAUUAUGUCCCAUAUAUCCUAAUACAAGGACAAGUCAACAAUGGGCAAGAGCUGAUGAAAGACAUUUGCAGUGUUUUCACCAAUCCUCCUCCACCAUGUAAUGACUCAUGAAGUAAAUAAAUGAAUAUAA